AUGAAAUGGAGAGAAGGAGAGAACGAGGGCAUCCUUGUCGCUGGUGGAAAUGGCGUUGGAAAUGAAGCAAAUCAAUUUGACCGACCAGGCGAUAUUUUUGUUAUUGAUACCAACAACGGGACGAGACGACAAAUUUUUGUUGUAGAUAGCAAUAAUCACCGUAUUCAAAAAUGGGACGAGGGUAACUUGCAGUCUGGAAUAACAGUAGCUGGAGGAAGUGGUCAAGGAUCUAAUUUAAAUCAAUUAGCUUUUCCAACAGGAGUUGGUUGUAAAAGCAAUGAAACAAAUGAGAAUGAACAAAAACAGUUGAAGUGUGAUUUUGAGACACCGGUUUGUCAGGAUUUUCUGAUCGAUCCAAACUGGUCUUUGGCAACUGGCGGUGAAUACGAUCACACAUUUGGAAACGAGAGUGGUCAUUAUCUCGUUUACGUACCUCCGACGUUAACAUCCGACGCAGUGACAAAAAUCUCGACAAGCUCAGUGGUCAAUCCGUCAGGAGACAUUAGAAUGUGUUUUCAGUUUUGGUAUUCCACUUCAGGAUUGGUCGCAUUUAACGUUGAUCUUGUUAGAGGCGACGAUCCCGGUCAGCAGUUGAAAAAUACAAUAACCACAAUUAACGAAUUUAUUUACAAGAAUUGGACACAAUUAUCGAUCCCGCUGCCGAAUGAAAUAUUCAAAAUUGAAAUAGUCGUUAACGCCUCGACUGGCCAACGAGAGUUACUGUUUGACGAUCUAUCCGUCGAUUAUUGUGCUGGUCUGGAGCCUCUUGCCGCACAAGUUGUCUUGCUUCAAUAUCACUUUGAGAUCAACAACGAACAAAUUCAAAUAAGCUAUUUUCCAGAAUAUCCCUACCAAUGGUCAGUGGUGCGUGCAUCGGACGCUCACCAACAAAAUUCGGAUGCACCCGGAACUGAUUUUACACUGGGAACCGGUGAUGGUCACUACUAUUGGAUAAAUUCGACUCGAAUUGAGGGCGGGGUUGGAUAUUUUGGUACAUUUCUUUUAGAUUUUUCAUUAGACGACCCAUCUUAUUGUUUGCACUUUCGCUAUUUUCAAUACGGGAAUUUGGGAAAUACCACAGCCAAUCUUAAAAUAUUUACUAUGGAUAAGGAUACUUUCACACUGAGACUACUCUGGCCCCAUCCGUCGAUCAGAAAUUCAUUAGCCGCUCACAAAUGGUCCUGGGGUGUGACCAAUUUGCUAUUAGGUCAGUAUUAUGUCUUGUUUCGUGUUGACAAUUCAAAUCUUUCAUCUGGAUGGUUUGCGAUCGACGAAAUUAAAGUAUCUUCGUGUGAAAAUCCGAAGGCAGAGGUGUCGGACGAAGCAACAAUGACAAGUGUCCUAGUUUUUGAAUGCUAUUUUUCGAAUAGUUUUUUUCGAUGUGAGAUGGAAAAUGACGAAUUUAACAGUUACAAUUUCUCGGUUCACACGGGGGAGACAAUUCCCGACAAAGAGAUGGGUCCCUUAGUCGAUCACACAUCAGGCACCUCAUCGGGAAGUUUCAUUUAUUGGGAUUUCGAUCCGAAAAUUUUAACAAACAGAAUCAAUAUUCAUGAUAUAAUUCAAACGUUGGCUGUCGAACUAAAUUCGGGAAUGUGUUUAAGAUUUUCAUUCUACUUAAAAACAUCGAUCAUUGAUGAUCGAUCAGCUGAAAUUACUCUCUCCGUAUCCGGCGACAGUCAGUGUUUUGAGAACAUUUUGUGGUCACGAACAUUCUCGGGAACAAACAGUAGCAGUCGAGGUUGGGAAACGGUGAAUCUCGCACUGGCGCCAAUCGUUUGCACGUCGAAAUUUCAAUUUCAUAUAAAUCAAAGUCAGGAAACACCUAGACCAAUCUCGGUCUCAUUUGCACUUGAUGACAUUCUCAUUAACCAAUGUUCGAAGCUUCCGUCGCUAGUUGCGGACACAUCGACCACGUUGCUACUUUCGGACACAUCAACGACGUUGCUCAGCUCAGGCAGUUCAGAAAUCACAACGCCAACAUUUAUCAGCACAAGCACAAACACGGCUAGAACUACGACAGCUUCUCUUGAGAUCACGAAAUGCCCGCCACACAGUUCACAAGGGAAAAUAAUCGGAAUUACGGCGGUAGUUUCUGCCCUUACUACCGCGACAAUUAUUAUCGGUGGAUUUGGUCUCUCCAACUACUUUCAUGUUCGUAAACAAUCACGGCAGAUGGGAAAAGAAAAACAAAUUCCACUGACAAAUAUCGCAUUCAAAAAUUAG